UUUUCGCGUGUGUUUUUGUUAGCACGACUACCCUUGGAGAAAAAAAAAAAUAAAUAACCUAUAGCAACAAAUCUGAACUAUCAGAGAAAAAAAUAGCUUUAAAAAGUAUGGACGACAGCGUAAUACUGCUAGACGAUUCACAAAACAGUGUGCAGAUUGUGGAUGACGACGUGGAAGACGGAGAGCUGGAAGAUGACGUUGAAUUUGUGCCAUCCGAAGAUGUUACCCAAGAAGAGGUCGAGCCAGCCGCCGAACCGGAGAAAACUAGCACAGAUAAUGCCGAUCAGCCUUUCAUUCAGGAAGCCAACAAAGAAUGUGAGGAGAACCUUGUUUUCGAGGUGAGAUUCCACAACGAGAUGCACUUUGCCAGUCUGCAAAAACAAAUGCUGGAUGUUCUGGAACACACAUUUUCAGAAAAGCAAUUGUGUUUUCGAUCUAAUCCGGAGUGUCUGCUGAUAGCAGCCUUUGAGAAGAGCGAGGUGCAAACGGAACAGGAGUCUUCGAACAGUGAUCACCUCUUCCUGAUCGAUACUCAACCGGCGGUUAAGCUUAACGCCGCCCAGGUACCCUCAUACAAACGCUGCAACACAGACGUUCUGGAUGAGCAGACGGAGGCGAGAAAGAAACUCAAGGCGGAGGAGGUCAACAAGUGCUUCCGGCCCAAGGCGCAGUCCUCCUGCUUUAAUUGCGGCGAGACAGAUCACUCCCUCCGCGAGUGUCCCAAGCCUAGGAACAAUACCAGGAUAAUGCGGGCCCGCAAAAAGAAUAGCCACCGCAUGGAGCGGUAUCACGUGGACGCAGAGCAGCGAUUCGGUCACUUACGCCCAGGAAAGAUCAGCACAAAGACGCGUCACGCCAUGGGCUACAAUCGCGGCCAGUUGCCUUUUAUGUUCUACCGCUUGCGAGUGCUCGGAUACCCACCUGCAUGGCUGGAGGAGGCCAAGGUGCAGAGCUCGGGAAUAACGCUUUUUAAUGCUGACGGUACCGAGGUCACAAAGUCCGACGACGAAGAUGGCGAGUCCGACACCUUUAAGUACGACAUUAACAAAAUCGUGGAGUUUCCUGGCUUUAAUGUCCAUCCCGGCAAAAUAUUCGAUGACUUUAAAUACCAUAAUGUGCCGCCGUUUCAAGAACACCAAUCCAAGGCGAACUUUAUUAAAUCACUGGGCGAAAGCGUGAUCAAUGGCUACAAACGUAAGAAGCUAGUGGACCUGCCUGCCCCACAUGACCAAGUGCCCAUUCCCAGCGAGGAGCAGACCAGCUUUGGCGACUACGACAUGGAGAUUGUGGACGAGGCAGAGGAUCCUCCGUUGCCACCUUCAACGCCUCUGCCGCCACCACCUCCCCCGGAAGAAGUGGGUGGAGCACGACAACGAUCGCCAUCGCCGAGUCUGGAUGAUUUGAGGGCCCAGCAGGAGAAGCUGCUGCAGCAAUUGGAGUGUAACACUUCGCUGGACACGACGGCGAAUGAGUCGACGUCGCAGACUGACUUGGAUGACACGUCAGAGGUGGCGGUGAAAGAGGUUGAGCAAUCACUAUCAGCUCCUGCGACACCCUUUAAGGCCUCCUAUGAGGGAACGCCCUUGCUGAAAUUCUCUGUUUACGAUCGGUUACCCGUGGGUAGUAACUUCAAGGUGGGCGUCAGCGAUGUCAUCAACUUUGAGAACCUGCCGGAUUCUACCGGCAAGUACGAGCAAAUGAAGGGACUGUUGAAGAACGUGCGUGAAAAGAUGGUAAAACUGCAGAGCGAGGACAACUGACGAGUCAAAGGAUAGAUAUUUACGAGCCACAUCGCAUCCCGCCCACCAAUUGUUUAGCAUUUAAAACAUUUAAAAGCCUACUGUACAAAGCAAAUACAAAUCGAAUACUUGUA